CCAUAUCCCACUUUUUUCUACUUCCUAAACAAGGCACAAAAACUGAGAAAACUAAUGAGGAAAUCCUUCGGCGGAGGAUACGGCGGCGCCGGCGGUGGCAACGGCGGAGAUAUGUUAAGAAGAGUCGUGAGAACCAAGCUUAAGAAUUUCCAAGAAUCUGUACCUUCACCAAAUUCUUCCACCACCAAAAAUUCUUCAUCUUCUUCAACAAAAUAUAAAAAUUCAUCACCCAAACAUGCCCUUUCUAUCUCCUCCACAACCCCAAAUAGUAUUAAUGGACAUCCACUUUCUCUCCCUUCACCUUGGCCUCUGAUUAAUAAUGGUUUUGGUGUUAAUGAAGAUGAUGAUGAUAAUAAUGGGGUUAGUGAGGUUGAUAGUGAAUGGGAAUGUUUGGAGAAUUAUUAUGAUCCUAUUUUUGGUGUUGUUCCUUCUUCUCAUGAAGUUCAACAUGCCCUAUACUCUCUUCAACAAGUCUUUCAUCCACUCUCACGCUCGCAAUCUGCCACGGAAGAGAGGUCUCAUGAUGUAGACAUAGACAUGGAUGACCAAACGAAGAGUUCCUCCGAUACACUGAAAAGAACAUCCUCAAAGGGUUCAGAGACAGAUUGGAUUGAGCCGUCAAUGCUUCCAUAUGAUAGGAAAUUGAUACAAUCUCCUGGAUGGGGGAGGGUGCAUGAUGCUUUUCAUCUCUUGCAAUCUGAGCCUAGUGUUCAGAGAAUGGUGGUAUCAUUGUCAUCUGAUAAAGCUGUUUGGGAUGCUGUUCUGAACAAUGAAGCUGUGCGAGAGAUAAGGGAUUCUUAUCGUGAUGCUUCUGAAUCGAUUCCCCCCAGCUCUGUGGAAAAAUCUGACUUUUCUAGGGAAAAUUUUAAAAUAUUCAAGUGGAUGUUUGAAAAUGUGAAGAUGAAAUUGCUGGAAGUCCUAGAGGAUAUUUCACAGUUUUUGGGCGAAUUAUUUAAACCUCUUGAUUGUGAAAUAGAAGGAGAGUCUUAUGCUUUCACAGAGAAGCUCAAGUCAACAUUCUUGAUCACGAUUGUAGUCUUGUUGAUAGUGGUGGUUGCACGCGGACACAUGGCUUGAUCAAUCAAUAUUCGUCGACAUUAAUUAACAUGUUUUUUCUUCAUAUUUAGUGUUCAACUUUUUAUGGCGAAAAAACCUCUUAUGGCAACAUUGUUUAUUUGUCUUGACUUUCAGAAUGUGGUAGUUUUGAUGACUCUUGCGUCAACUAUUUAUCCCUUUUGCACAAUUUAAGUUGAUAAUGUUAAUGGUAAAUUUUUAUUCUA